AGCCGCCCGGGGCAGAAUCGAAACUGAUCGCGGAAUCGAAAGUGAGCGCGGCGCGGCGGAGGACCGCACACCUCCGGGCAGUCCCAGCGGACCAGUGAGCUCAGCAGCCUCAGACCCCGUCCCGAAGAUCCAGGCCAGCGUCGGAGAUGGAGGCCCCAGGGUCCUGCCCAUCGCCUGCCAGCCCCACCGCCACCAAGGGGCCGUCCCUGGCCAGGCUGCGCGCCCAGCUGGACCUGUACCUAGGCUGCUCCCGCUGCACGCAGCGCCUCAACGAGAGCACAUACAUCCUGCGCGGGCUGGAGCACAGCUGCCCCCGCGAGAUCCUGCUGGCCCGCUUCAAGCGAGCCACCAAGAGCAAGGUCUGGCGCAAGGUGGGCCGCCGGCCCAGCUUCCCAAGGCCUUCCCGCUACGAAGUCUGUCGCUACUACAGCCCAGGGCUCGGCUGCCGGCGCCACCGGAACCAGUGCACCUUCGCACGCAGCCGCGAGGAGGCCCUGGUCUGGACCUUCGAGCGGGAGCACAACCUCCGGCGCCUGUGGCUGAAGGCAGCGGUGCAGGGCGAAGGGGCCCAGGGCGGGUCGGGCGGGCCAGGCAGGGUGGCCGACGCUAUCCGAGAGGAGUUUGGCGGCCACUUCGAGCUGCUCUGCUCCCUCUGCUUCCGGCACAGCCCCCAACGCAUCCGCCCUGUGGACCCCCAGGGGCCGUGCCCCGAGCACGGAGCUUGCCCCUCACUCCUGACCCACGUGAGCACCGAGGGCCACCGCAAGCAGCAGUUCGUGGAGGUGCGGCCACAGCCCCAGUACGGCCAGCCGCUAGCCUACUGCAUGUUCGUGGGGCGCGGGCGGCCCUGCCGGCACGGGGCGUCCCGCUGCCAGUAUGCGCACAGCGCCGUGGAGAUGGCCGUGUGGGAGGCCGAGCUGCUGAACAGCCUCAAGCGGGAGGACCUGCUGACUCCCGCGGCCCUGCGGGACGGGUGCACAGCCCCACGCAGGCAGCUCCCCGGGGCCCGGCUGUACUGCCACGCCUGCCAGCUUACCUGCCACUCUCAGGAGGCUUUCGAGAACCACUGCUCCUCCUGGGAGCACACACACAUGGUGGCCCUCGACCUGGCCGUGCCCUGGGAGCACCGCCGCCCACCCAUGGGGCUCUCCAAGUUCGAGCUCUGCCCAGAGCCUGACCUCUGUGAGUACGGGGACGUCUGCACCAAGGCACACUCGGCACAGGAGCUGCAGGAGUGGGUCCAGAGGGUGCAAGCUGCGGAGCUGCGGGAGCAGGCGGCCUGGCGGGACGGGCUGGUGCCCUACCAGGUGCGGCUGCUGGCUGAGUAUGAGGGCGGCGGCGGCGGCGAGGCCCUGGUGCUGGCCGAGACUGUCGAGGGCGUGUCCGUCUCCUGCAACCAGCCACUGGUGCAUCGGGCCCGGGAGAAGAAGACCCAGCACAGCUGGGUGUUCACCAUCCGCUCGGAGGACCCCCUGUUGCACGUGGCCCUGCUGAAGCAGGAGCCGGGAGCGGACUUCUCCCUGCUGGCGCCCGGCCUCCCGCCAGGCCGGCUCUACGCACGGGGGGAGCGCUUCCGCGAGCCCAGGUCCCCGACCGACUUCCGGGUGGGAGUGAGUGUGCAGACCACCUCCUUCGGCACCUUUAAGCAGUGGGUGGUCUUUGACUUCGGCCGCCGGCCGGUGCUGCUCCAAAAGCUGGAGCUGGAGCUGGGCCAGGUGCACUGCCCGGGCCUCCGGGAAGGAACGGUGCCCGGCCACUCAGAGGAGCUGGAGCGCUGGCACCCCGGCAACCGCCACGUGGUGCCUGGCGUGGAGCAGACGGCCGAGCAGACGGCGCUGAUGGCCAAGUACAAGGUGCCCGCCCAGGCCCUGGAGUCCACGCACAGCAGCCCUGCCCCGGGCCCCCCGUCUCGGGCCAACUAUCGGCAGAGGAUGCACCGGUUCCUCUACGAGGAGGAGGCGGCUCAGCAGUGGCUCGUGGCCAAGUUGUCCCUUCGGGCCCAGGUGUCCCUGAAGACAGCGCUGCAGACGCCAGCCCUGGGCAUGCUCUUCGCGUCGCCCGGAGCGCUCUACGCCGAAGUCCCCAUCCCCGCCUCCCUGGCGCCCGACACAGAGCAGGGCUUCCUGCUGGGCCGGGCGGUCAGCACGGCCCUCGUGGCCCCGGUGCCCGCGCCCAACAGCACGGUGUUCGAGGUGCGGCUGGAGCGGCGGGCCAGGUCGGAGCAGGCGCUCUGGCUGCUCCUGCCGGCCCACUGCUGCGAGGCCCUGGGGCUGCAGCCUGAGGCCAGCCCCAUCCUGGAGGUGCAGUUCCAGAUCGACCCGCUGACCUUCUGCCUGUGGCACCAGGCAGUGGACGCGCUGCCCGAGGAGCGCCUGGUGGUGCCCGACUUGCCGGCCUGCGCCCUGCCGUGCCCGCGGCCCGCCCCACCCUCCCUGCGCGGCAACUGCAAGCAGAAGCUGGCCAUGGCGCUCAUUGCGGGCAGCGGCCCGGGGGACGGGCGGCCCGUGUCCCCGCUACUCAUCUACGGCCCCUUUGGCACUGGCAAGACCUACACGCUGGCCAUGGCCUCCCUGCAGGUGCUCAGGCAGCCGCGCACCAGGGUGCUCAUCUGCACGCACACCAACAGGUUUCACGUCUGGCCAGCGCGGUCUCCUCACUCCCCCGAUGCCCCUGCCCGGCAGGAGGAAGCGCCCAGGACGGCAGCCCCGUGCCCGGGGCUGGUUCCAGGGGGGGCCUGGUCUCUGCAGUGUCUGAGGGGCUGGUGGGGCGAGGCUGUGCCUGGGGCCCGCAGCCCUUCCCUGGCCUCUGCCCUUGACCCUGCUCCAGGCAGUGGACGCCGGCUGUGUCUGCUCACCUGGCCGCGUCUGGGGGCUGUGCUCAGGCUCAGCUCCAGACUCUGGCCACCCGGGCAGCCUCAGGCCGUGUCCUUCUUUCCAAUCCACACAGGCAGCUCCUUCGCCUCCUCCGGGGAGCCCUCCCUGACCACCUGGUUCUCUGCCAUUGCCCUGUCCUCGUUGGCGUUGACCUUCCUUAUUUUUCAUGUGUGCCUGUCCCUUCCGCCGGCCUUGAGCUGCGGGGGCAGGACCUGUGUCUGUCUGCCUGGUCAGGGUCCCUGGGAUCCAGGAGGGCUGGGUGCACGGUGGGAGCCUGGGCCGACCCCCAAGGCCCCAGCGAGCAGCCACGCCCUUCCCCACAGCGCCGCCGACAUCUACGUGCAGGAGUAUUUCCACGGCUACGUCAGCGGCGGCCACCCCGAGGCCACUCCGCUGCGGGUGAUGUACACGGACCGCCCCCCGCGCCAGACGGACCCGACCACGCUGCGCUACUGCUGCCUGACGCAGGACGGCCGGGCCUUCCGCCCGCCCACGGAGGCGGAGCUGGCGCGGCACCGCCUGGUGGUCACCACCACCUCCCAGGCCCGCGAGCUCAGGGUGCCGGCCGGCUUCUUCUCACACAUCCUCAUCGACGAGGCCGCCCAGAUGCUGGAGUGCGAGGCCCUGACCCCGCUGCGCUACGCCACCCCCGGCACCCGCGUGGUGCUGGCGGGCGACCACAUGCAGGUCGCGCCCAAGCUGUUCAGCGUGGCCAGGGCCAGGGCGGCCGAGCACACGCUGCUGUACCGCCUCUUCCUGCACUACCAGCAGGAGGCGCACGAGGUCGCGCGGCAGAGCCGCGUCGUCUUCCACGAGAACUACCGCUCCACGGAAGCCAUCGUCAGGUUCGUCUCCCGCCACUUCUACCUGGCCAAGGGCAGCCCCAUCCACGCCAGCGGCAAGGUCCCGUGCCACCCCCGCCGCCACCCACUGGUGUUCUGCCACGUGGCGGGCAGCCCCGAGCGGGACAUGUCGAGGACGUCCUGGCUGAACCUGGCGGAGAUCGUCCAGGUCGUGGAGCAGGUGCAGGACGUCUACGACACCUGGCCCAGCUGCUGGGGCGGCCGGGAGCAGAGAUACAUCUGCGCCGUCUCCCACGGCGCCCAGGUCGGCGCACUGAGGCAGGAGCUCCGGAGGAGGAACCUGGGCGAGGUGUCCGUGGGCAGCUUUGAGAUCCUGCCAGGGCGGCAGUUCCGUGCCGUGGUGCUGAGCACCGUGCACAACCGCGACAGCCUGCUGGGCCCUGGGGCGCCGGCUGCGGACUUCUUCACAGACGCCCGUGUGCUCAACACGGUCCUGACGCGCGCCCAGUCCCAGCUGGUGGCCGUGGGCGACGCCGUGGCCCUUUGCUCCUUCGGGGCCUGCAGCAAGCUGUGGAAGAGCUUCAUCAGAGAGUGCGUGGAGCGGCGCAGCGUCUGCCCCCAGGGCCUGUCGCUGGAGCAGAUCGAGCAGGGUGUGGCCCGCGGGCAGCGCUGCGCCCUCAGGGCAGAGGGGGCCGGGGCCGCUGCGCCCAGCAGGGGCAUCCUGGAGGGGCCCGUGGGGGGCCCGGCCGUGGAGUGCACGGCUGCCGCCACAGUCCCGGCAAGAGCAGAAGUCGGGGACCAGGCCUCGUGCGCCACGGCCCGUGGCAUCACGGCCGUGGGGAGUCCCGCUGUGGAGGAGGCGGCCCCAGCGCAGACAGCUGUCAGGACGGCUGCACUGGCAGGAGGCACGGCGCCAGGGAACGCGGCAGCAGGAGCGCCCGCCGCAGAGGGCGGCGAGUCAGAGGACCCCGAGGACGCCGAGUCUGACUUCUGGCCGUCGGAUGGGGAGCUCAACGCUGACGACUCCAUCCUGCAGGAGCUGCUGGACGAGAGCCGGAAGGUGACGGUGACCGUCGGGGAGGACGGGCUGCUGGACACCGUCGCCAGGCCCGCGAGCCCGCGCCAGGCCCGUCACUACGUGAACCUGCCCUCGGCGGUUCUGCUCAAGCUGCUGGUCAGGGAGCCCGAGCUGUACCGCCGCUGCACCUUCCUGCCGGAGACCUUCGAGCGGGCGUCUGCCGUGCCGCGGGACGGUGAGGCCUCCGGCGCCAUCCAGCUCAGGGGCCGCCGGAACUGCGGCAUGGCCUUCAGCGGCGACGAGGUGCUGGUGAAGGUCCUCCCCGGGGCCGCUGGCGACGGAGGCCUCGCGGAGCGGCUGCAGGGCCGUGUGGUGGGUGUGCUGAAGAGGCGGCGGCAGGACCUGGCGUUCGUGUGCCGCGUGGACGAGUGGGACCCCCGCAUCAUGGUCCCCCUCAACGGCUCCGUGACCAAGAUCUUCGUGGCCGAGCUGAAGGACCCGCUGCAGGUGCCCGUCUACCGCCUGCACCAGGGCCGGGUGCAGCGCGUGGGCCAAGAGAGGCUCACGCCCGAGGCCCGGCGUGGCCGGCUCUUCUGGGUCCGCAUCGUCCUGUGGCGGACCCGCUUCUACUACCCGCUGGGCGUUGUCCUGGAGGUGCUGCCCGAGGCUACCAGCUGGGACCGGGGUCUCCGCAUCCUGGACCUGGAGUACGGCCUGAGGGCGCCCUCGCCGGACCCAGCUGCUGUCACCAAGGUGCUGCAGAAACACCGGGCGGAGCUCGGCCGCGUUGGUGGCCGGCGGGAGGACUGCCGCCGCCUCCUGACCUUCACGGUGGACCCCCAGGACGCCUGCAACCUGGACGAUGCCCUCAGCGUCCGGGACCUGGGCCCCAGCUACGAGGUGGCCGUGCACAUCGCGGAUGUGGCCAGCCUCCUGCCCAGGGAUGGGGCGUUGGAUGUGGAGGCCCGCAGGCGGGGCACGGCGUUCUAUGCGCCUGGCCGGGAGCCGGUCCCCAUGCUGCCGGCCAGCCUCUGCCGGGACGCGCUCAGCCUCCUGCCGGGCCAGGACCGCCCGGCCCUGUCACUCUUCCUCACCAUGGAGAAGGACAGCGGCCAGCUCAGGGGCCUGCGCUUUGCGCUCUCCGUGGUCUGCUCCGACCGGCAGCUGAGCUACGAGGAAGCCGAGCGGGUGAUCCGGGAGCACGCGGGCGCCGGCCGAGAGCUGCCGGCCCGCCUGGACUCUGUGGACGCCUGCGUGGUGGCCGCGUUCUACUUCUCCCGCGUGCUGCGCCAGCACCGCCUGCAGGGCGCCUGUCUCUAUGAGCAGCUGGACGAGGACAGCACCCCGGGUUUCCGCGCAGCCCACCUCAUGGUCAAGGAGUACAUGAUCCAGUUCAACAGCCUCGCGGCAGAAUUCCUGGUGGGCAGCGAGCGCACGCGCACGGUCACGCCGCUGCGCCGGCAGCCCGCGCCCAGCAGCCACCAGCUGAAGGCCGUGUCCGAGAAGCACGGGCCGCUCGUGCCCCUGUCGCUGCACCUCAGCCACCACCUGCGCGGCGGCGGCCACCCCGCGCCGCAGCUGCAGCUCCUGGCCUCCCUCUGGAAGCAGGUCCAGUGCGCCGCCUGCAGCCAGGACUACGAGCAGAUGGCGGACUUAAUCGCCACGGAUGACAUGCACCCCUCGCUGGCGCCCGCGGGCCUCGACUUCCGAAAGGCCCUGGGCCGCUCCGUCUUCGGCCGCUCUGGUCAGGACGCGCAGCCGCAGGCCGGACACUACAUGCUGCAGGUGGGCCACUACACCUGGGCCACCUCACCCAUCCGCAGGUACCUGGACGUGGUGCUGCAGCGGCAGAUCCUGCUGGCGCUGGGCCACGGGGGUGCCGCGUACUCCGUGAGGGACAUCGACAGGCUCUGCCUGGACUUCGGCCGGCAGCACGCGCAGGCGCAGAGCUACCAGCGCCGGGCCCGGGGCCUGCAGCUGGCCGUGCAGCUCAAGGCGCAGCCUCGCCACAAGCUGGGCUUCGUGGUGGAUGUGGACGGCGGCGGCCGUGGCUUCAAGCUGCUCUUCCCCACCCACCGGGAGACGCUGCCCGACCCCUGCCCCGUCCUCUACCGCGCCCUGCAGCUGGCCGAGCCGCCCCGGGACCCCGCGGGCCAGCCGGGCCUGCAGCUCCUGUGGCGGCGCCGCGUCUACUCCACGCAGGGCUCCAAGCCAGCCUUCCCGACGCCUGGCGCCCUGCACAACCCACACACCCGGACCGUCAGCGCAGCUGUGUGGAAGCGGCUGCUGGCACUGGUGGAGGAGCAGCGCUGGCCGGAGGCGGCCGCCCUCGUCCGGGAGCAGGGGGAGGAGGCCUCGCCGGGGCGGGAGCUGGUGCAGGUGCGGCGGAGCCGCUGCGGCCACUUCCUGGAGGUGGCCCAGGAACUGGGCAGCGGGGACACGCUGCAGGUGCAGCUUGGCGCCAGCCUGCAGCGCGGCUUCCUGGCGCCCACCCUGCAGCUGUGGGCCGUGGCGCCUGGCCUCAGCCUCUGCCUGGAGCACGUGGAGCGGCCCGGGGACUGCUUCGUGGGCCACGCACACCGGGCGCCCCAGGACCGGUACCGAGACGUGGACGAGUACGCCCGUGUGUGGCAGCCGUUCUGCGCCCUGGAGUCGGUCACCAGCGCGGUCGCCGAGAACAGCUCCAUCACCCUGCAGCACCUGCGGCUCUCCUGGGAUGCGGAGCAGACGCCACAGGGGCAGCUGCAGGGCACCUUCCGCCUGGAGGCCUCCUUCCUCCGGGAGAACUGCAUCGACGUCGACCUCGGCCACUGCUACCUCUGCAUCCGGCUGGAGGGGCUGCGCGCACCGCCCGGCCCCCCGGCACCCGGGCCCAGCAGCUUUGGCCCCCUCCUGAGCGUGGACCCCGGCACAUACACCUGGGUGGCCCACGGGCUGACCGAGGACAGCGACCAGGAGGGCCGGGCGGACGGGCGGGAGGCCCCCGGGCUGGUGCAUUUCUUCAUUCACCACAUGGCCAUGGAGAAGGUUCCAGAAGACGUGCUGAGGCCUGGCACCCAGUUCACCGUUGAGGUGCUGCCCAAGCAGCUUCCCGAUCUCCGCAAGGAAGAAGCUGUUCGCAGACUGGCGAGAGCGUCCCCGCUGGUCACCAGCAUUGCCCUGGGGCGGCCCGUCCAGCAGCCCCUCCCCAGAGCAGCCACCAGCAGGUUCCUGGCGCAGCAGACCUUCGACAUCCCUGGAGGCCGCCACAAGCUGAACGCCAGCCAGAAUGGGGCCGUCAGGGAGGCCCUGAGGAGGCCGUUUGCAGUCAUCCAGGGUCCGCCAGGUACAGGGAAGACGGUCGUGGGCCUCCACGUCAUCUACUGGUUCCACAAGUCCAACCAGGAGCAGGGGCAGCCCGACGGCGCCCCCGGCGGGGAGAGGCAGCCCAGGGGCCCCUGCAUCCUGUACUGCGGCCCCUCCAACAAGUCAGUGGACGUGCUGGCAGGGAUGCUCCUGAGCAGGGCGGAGCUGAGGCCCCUCCGCGUGUACAGCGAGCAGGCGGAGGCCAGCGAGUUCCCGGUGCCCGGCGUGGGCAGCAGGGCCCUGCCCAAGAAGGCCCCUUGGGAGGGGCGGCCGAACCCAGCCCUCAGGAGCAUCACCCUGCACCACCGGAUCCGACAGGCCUCCAACCCGGACGCGCCCGCCAUCAGGGCCUUUGACGCCCGGCUGCAGAAAGGGGAGGUCUUCUCCAGGGAGGACCUCGUCGCGUACAGGAGGGUCUUGGGGAGGGCUCGCAGGUUCGAGCUGGACCAGCAUGUGGUCAUUCUCUGCACGUGCUCCUGUGCGGCCGCCGCCAGCCUCAGGAGCCUGGACGUCCGGCAGAUCCUGGUGGACGAGGCGGGCAUGGCCACCGAGCCCGAGACCCUCAUCCCCCUGGUGCACUUCCCGCAGGCAGAGAAGGUGGUUCUGCUUGGGGACCACAAGCAGCUGCGGCCCGUGGUCAGGAACGAGCGGCUACAGAACUUGGCGCUGGACCGGUCCCUCUUCGAGCGCUACCACAGGGACGCCUACAUGCUGGACACGCAAUACCGCAUGCACCCCGGCAUCUGUGCCUUCCCCUCCGCGGAGUUCUACCAGGGGAAGCUGAAGACCUGGCAGGGCCUGAGGCGGCCACCCAGUGUCCUGGGCCACGCCGGCAAGGAGAGCUGCCCUGUCAUCUUUGGCCACGUGCAGGGCCACGAGCAGAGCCUGCUGGUGUCCACAGAUGAAGGGAACGAGAACUCCAAGGCCAACCUGGAGGAGGUGGCAGUGGUGGUCUCCAUCGCCAAGCAACUGACCCUGGGGAGGAUGGUAGAGCCCAGGGACGUUGCCGUCCUCACGCCCUACAACGCGCAGGCCUCAGAGAUCCGCAAGGGCCUCCUGCGGGAGGGCGUGAGCGGCGUGACGGUGUCCUCCAUCACCAAGAGCCAGGGGAGCGAAUGGCGCUACGUGCUGGUGAGCACCGUCCGCACCUGCGCCAGGAGCGACCUGGACCAGCAGCCCACCAAGGCCUGGCUCAAGAAGUUCCUGGGAUUUGUCGUGGACCCCAACCAAGUGAACGUGGCCGUCACCCGGGCCCAGGAGGGGCUCUGCCUGAUCGGUGACCAUCUCCUCCUGCGCUGCUGCCCGCUCUGGCGGCACCUCCUGGACUUCUGCGAGGCCCAGCAGAGCCUGGUGCCCGCCAAACAGGUGCGGGUCCGGAGGAGGCCGGCGCUGUCUUCCUGAGGAGCCCAUUGCCUUGGGGUGUUGGGAUGCAGGGGGCAAGGCCCAGCGACUCCGCUGCUGGCCUGGGGUCCACUCGGCAGAUUGCCACGUGCCCUGGUGGCCACUGCCUCGGCCUACCUGCCCUGUCCGGGGCCUGCCGGCCCGUGCUUUGCUACAAGGGCCACGGCACAAUCGUGGCCUGUGCCGGGGCAGGAAACAGACUGGGCAUGACCUGCCUGUAGGGCAUGACCUGCCUGUAGGGCAUGACCUUGGGAGGAAGGAGAAGGGCUUAGAGGGUCCGUCCCCUCCCUGCUGUGCUGCUAUUCCGGGGACACUCGGGCACAGGGAAGCCCCUCAGGGGCUGAGAGGUCGUCGGGACGGCGUGAAGAGGUUCUGCUGUCGCUGGGACGUUCCGGCGCCGGGAAGGAAACUGCACUUUGGUCUUUGGACGCCACCCGUGGAGUUGGGCUUGAUUUUCUAUUUUGAAAUAAACUGAAGCCAGUGAUUCACUGGCACAGGGACCUGGUCCCGACUGGGGCAGGGAGGCCUGUCUGGCGCUGGGACCUGGCCCUGUGUCCCUCGGGGGCCGCUCACCGGGCAGAGGGCAGACCAGAACCAGAUGCCCACACGAGCUGCGCGGGGCCCUGCGGCUGCACAGUGCGCUGUGGGCGGGGGAGGGGGCUGGCAGCCGCUCGGGUGUGUCUGUUUCCAGCUCUCUCGAGGACUCCUGCUGCCCCGCAGACUCCCGCCUGGAGCCCAGCCCCACCUCUGCACCAGGUCGCUCCCUGCUCUCGCCCAGGGCGGUUCUGGGCUCGUGCGGCCUGUGCUGCCUACGCCUGGGGGCCUCUGCCCGUGACCUCACUGCAGCGCAUGGGGAGACUGUCCUGGUGUUUUCCACAAACCCCGUUCCUACAUUCCAACUUUCGUAUCUCAGCCCCGGGACUAUGUGAUUGCUGCAUAUUGAUUUCAUCAUAAAGACCAU